AUGGCUUCGAGUCAAGAUCAAGCCUCUGCCAGUACCGCGGUAGAGCCCUACAAGCAGCCUUUCCCGCCCGAGGUUUUCAUCGUUCUAGUUGAGAACAUGCCCGACUACAUGUUGCCCUACCUUUGGUGCAAAUUCCGUCAAGUAUGCAAGGCAUGGAAGGCCGAGGUCGAGAAGGCUUUUCUAGAGAAAUAUCUCGCUAAGACCAAGGUCAUCAUCAAACCCCCGUAUGAUCGCUUUGAGAGCGAGUUGCAUUUUUCUCGAGUUUCCAAGGGCGACGGAGAGCAACGAGCGUUCUUCAAAUCGGAAUACCUCCAACCCGGAUAUUUUAUGCCGGUGGUAAAGAUCAACUCCAUGGUUCCGCAAGCAAACCCGACCCUAUACCGCCCCUUUCCUGGCAUUGUGAUCUUGGUUAAGAUGGAGAAUGUGGCGAUCAGUGACCCUGCGAUGGAGGGUUUCAUGGUGGAUCGGCAGCGCAAAGAGUUGUCGUUCCUGUGGAAGCCGAUGAUGAAUCAGUUGAUGGGCGACGAGCUUCGUUUCCGACGCGAAGCUUGCAAGAUGAUCGAGUCUGCACAGAGCCCCGCGCAGAAGCCUGAAGUCAAGAAUACCAAGCCAGGCCCCGACACCGAGUCCGAUGCGAAGACACCGGGUGACAAGACGCACACUACGAAGAGAAAGUCGGAAUCCGACGAAGAACUCCAAGUCAAGAAGAUCAACCUAGGCCCUGAAGUCAAGCCCGAAGCGAAGGUAACCACGCUACAACAUGAUGCCCAGUUCGAAGCAUCGCGCAAGAAGGUUCAACUCUACAUGCUCCUCCGCAGCGAGAAAUUCCGUGCCGUGAUGAACCAGGUCCGAGAGUCGCGUCUACGAAAGCAAUACGCAGCUUGUGGCGAUGAGUUCGUAUCGAUCGAGGACCACGACGGCAUCCCCUGGGAUGAUGAUGUAACCCGGGUCAUGUCGGAGACGCGCCUACGCUUCCGAUCUCCAGGAUUCUUCCUGGAGUUCUAA